UUCGUCUUCCAAGUCCGAUCUCAGUUUGCUUUUUUUGGCAAACUACCUGGUUCAUUGGCUUACUUUUACUAAUGGCAAUCUCGUUUUUCGGUCUCGCCAUUUUCCUUUUUCUUACCUUUGACUCCGAUUUCACCUCUUCCCCCGUCUCUGUCGCUUCCGAAGGCGUCCAGAUUACUUAUGGGUCAAUGAUCAAGUUGAUGCAUGAGAGAACAAAGUUUAGGCUACAUUCACAUGAUGUAUCAUAUGGCUCUGGUAGUGGGCAGCAGUCCGUCACUAGUUUUCCCAACGUUGAUGACUCAAACAGCUAUUGGAUUGUUAGACCUGUAUCAGAUACCAAUGCCCAACAAGGGGAUACAAUCAAAGGUGGUACCAUCAUCAGGCUGCAACACAUGAGGACCAGAAAAUGGUUACAUAGCCACUUGCUAAAUAUUCAUAACUGAUUCGACAAUAAUGUACUUCCUUGGUUUUGGAUAAGCAUUCUGUAGCAUUUGAUAGAAGAACUUUCAGCCUACAAGAUACAAGUGAGCUGUUGAGAGUCGAUUAACUUUCUUGAUGUGCAAUUCAUGUAGUGUAAAUGAACGCUAGUUACACUUUUAGCUCUUUCUCAUUAGCUUACCAUUUGUCAGGCAUGUCUGGACAUCUGUAUGGACUCCUUGUGGCCAUUAACCUUACUAGUCAUGUGCUCAUCUGUUAUAUAUGAAUCAUUCCUGUGAAUCUUUUGAUGUAUGAAACAUGAUGACAAAUCUCCUCUUGCUUAUGGGAGUUGGCAUUUUCAGUUCUUAUAAUCACGGUAUUGCUCAAGUUUGAUGUU